AUGUUCGCGUGCGUACAGUACACUGAAGACAAGGAGCGGGCAGUGCUGCCUGUGGAACUGGUCAGAGAUUUCCGUCCACGAAGUCCAGAUGACUUCAAGAAAGACAAUGUUGUGAUGGCGUAUUGGGCGGACGAGGAUGGAGGAGGUGAAAGCUUCUACCCGGCCAACGUCACUGCACUCGCGGACUCCCUUGAGGGCCUUGUCACCAAAUUAAAGACGUCACGGAGCUCAUUUCCCAGAGUGAUAUUGGGAAAGCUGAGCAAGGGCAACUUGGCUGAUGAAGGUUUGUCCAAGAGGGAGCAGAGGAAGAGGAAACGGGAAGCUUCCAGGAAAGAACUUGGAGAAAUAGUUAAAGCCUUCAAGCAAUCAGAGAACUCGGAACUGUGUCCCAUUAAUACACAUUUAUCUACGGUAACCUGUCUGCCGCUUUGUGCGACACAUUUGCUUCCAUAUUGCUUGCUUUUUCUUGUGGCAAGUUCAGUGACAAUAUUAUUUGCCUCUUCAGAUGAGAGUUUUGUCGCUGCAUCCAGCCCUGCACCUGAAGAGCCCAACCUAUUUGAAGUGGUAGAUGGGAAUGUGCAUCUUGGGCCAGGCAUUUCCAUCCCCGAGACAAAGCUGGCCUUUAUUAUGAAGGCUGGCCACGAGAUGAAGGUGGCCAGAGAGAUGGCACGAGUUUUUUGGACCACAAGCGAGCUGAAAAUUCGCUGCUUGACAGGGCAGCCCAGCCGGAGAACUCCAGAUAGCGUUGCAAAGCAGCAGGCAACGCCUAAUAAGAUCACUGCCAUAAUGAAUGUAGUGGAAAAAAUAAUAGCAGAGAAAGCAAGUGACGUCCCCAGAGGGAAGCGGCGAGCACAAGCGCGAAAGGCCAUCCGUGACCUGUUUGCCGAGACCGCUCGUCUAGGCCAGCGGACAAAAAGUGCCGUCUGA